GCUGAUGCUGCUCGGCACUAAUGGCAAACAAAAGCAUUUCAGCGGUCAGCUCGUGGCUCUGCAGCAGCGGCGUAUGGCGCUGGAGGCGGCCGGCUUGACGCCGGCCGAGGUCGCGAGCUGCUCCUCGCGGCGCCACGCGCAGUGCCAGCAGUCGCAGCUGAACGCCCUGCGCGCCUCCGCCCGCGCCGGCGUCAGUGGCUACCGCCCGCACCUGCGCGCGGCCGCCACCUCGGCCCUCACCGCCGCCAGCGCAGCCGUCGCCCAAUUCCAGCGCCGCGCAGCGGCGGAGGCAGCCGAGGCAGCCGCCGCCGAGGCGCAUCUUGCGGAGGCGACCGCGGACGGCGGCGCCAGCCCCACCGACACAGCAAUCUCCACCACGCCAAGCUCACUAGCUGACCUUGGCAAAGCAGCAUCAGGGGAGACAGAAACUCUCGUGAAGCUAAGGGCGGAAGUGCGGCAGCUAAUGACGAAGGAGCUACAUUUGAAGUUGGGCGGCGGCGGCGGCGCCGCCGCCGCCACCUGGACCGGCCUUCCUGACCUCAUAACCUAUCUCAACCAGUCCAAAAUGCUUGAAAUUGCCAGCCUCUCAGAGCUGAAGCAGAAGGCUGCGCAAUCGGCGCUUGCAGAAGCGGCGCUGGCACAGCCGCAGGAGGGCUCCCUGGCAGCUGCCCCGACUGUUCAGGAGCUCAGGAGGCGGCUGGCGGCGGCGCGCCGGGAGGAAUACGAUGCAGGGGCGCUGCAUAUCAGGGCGCAUGAGCGGGUGGUGGCGGCAUACGAGGUGCUGGCGGCUUGGCGGCGGGAGCUGCGGCCGCUGCGCGUCGCGGCCCGGCUGCAGGCGUUGCCAUCGCCGCCGCCGCCGCCGCCGACGCCGACGCCGACGCCAGCGAAGCGGGCGGGGGGCAGGAACGAAGGCAGCGGAGACGGCGCGGCCGCGGUUGCAGCUGCAUGGGACAAAGGCGUCCCGGGUACUGAUGACGUUGUUGAUUGUGGAGGUCUGGAGGGUGUGGCGGGUGCGGCUGCGGCUGCGGGUGCGGGUGCGGGUGCGGCUGCGGGUGCGGGUGCGGGUGCGGGUGCGGGUGCGGGUGCGGGUGCGGCUGUUGCAGGAGUGGAGGCGACACGAGUGGAGCUGCUGAAUCAGGCGCUGAUGGCGGUGGCGGUGGCGGUGGCGCUCUGGCGCGGUUACGGCGGGGAUGCGGCAGCCAGCGAGGAGGACCGGGAGUGGCUGAUGGCGGAGGCAGUGGCGCUGGCGGCGCUGCUGGUGGGAGAUGAUGGUGUUGGUGGAGGUGGUGGGGAGGGUGGAGGUGGUGGUGGAGAUGAUGAUGGUAGGGGUGAAGGUAGAGGUGAUGGUGAUGGCGGCAUGGUGGCGGACCCCGGCACGGCGGCGGCGCGGCAGCCGGCCACAGGAGGCAGCCGCCCAACAGCACCGCACCUCACGUACCAAGAGCUGAGGUGUGUGGCCUUCCUGCUGUCUGACUGGCAGGACGCAAGGCAGGUGAUGGACGCCCAGGUCAAUGCGCUGGAGGCGGUGGUGGGCCGCAUGAGCCAGCAGCAGCAACAGCAGCAGCAGCAGCAGCAGCAGCAGCAGCAGCAGCAGCAGCAGCAGCAGCAGCAGCAGGAGCAGGAGCAGGUUGGGCAGGCCGCAUACAGCGACGCCCCCGCGGCGGCGGCAGCUGCAACAAUGACGCCGGCGGCGCUGGAGCUCCUGCAGACGUUGACAGCAGGGGAGCCGCUCACAGCCAUCGCCCGCCUCGUCGCCGCCAUUCGCAUCCCUGCGAUGCGUGCAGCGCCGCCGCCGCAGUCACAGCCAAAGCAAAAUCGAGAAGCGGCAGAGGCGGCGGCGGCAGCGGCCGGGGCGCUGGUCAACCCGUUCGUUCUGCCGCCGCCAGCCGCACCCUCCUGCAGCCCUAGCACCGUAGCAGCGGCGGCUCCAGCUGCAGAUGCGGCGGCGGCGCCGGCGGCCACCGGUGCGGCGGCGGCGGCAGGGGCUGAUGCGGCGGCGGCGGCUGAUGUGGCGGCUGAUGCGGCGGCGGCGGCGGUCUGCUGGCUGGACACGCAGCCGCCGCCGCUGGACAGCCAGCAAGUGGCCUGUGAGGCCUUGUUCCAAGUGCACACGGCGGCAGUGCUCAGCGCCCUCAGCGCCGUGUCCGCACAGCUCUACGAACCGGCGGGCGCGGCCGGCGGCGGCGGCGGCAGCAGUAGCAGUAGCAGCACUGACGGGGACGGUGGCGGCGGCGGGGUGGGCGUGGCCAGUGGCAAAGCGGUGUAUGAUGCGGCGGUGGCGGCGGCCGUUGCGGCCCUGCAACGGGCGGCAGCCGAGGACAACGAAAGCGGCGGCGGUAGCGGUGGCGGUAGCGGCAGCGGCAGCGGCGGCGGCGGCGGCAGUGGCGGCGGCGGCAGCUUCCGAUCCUACGUGAUAACCGACCUCUCAGUCAGGGCUGCAUACACAGCGGCGGUUCGGGUCGUGGCGCCCCGCUACGCGUCGCGGCUGCUCCUGUUGGAUUGGCGCUGGGGCGCAGUGGAGGGCGCGGCGGCGGGCGGCACGGCAGGCGCCGGGGUGGCGGCGGCGGGCGCCGACGCAACAGCGGCAGGAGUAACGGCAGGAGUAGCAGGAGCUAGGGCUGCCGCCUCCGCAGCAGCAGGAGCAGCGUCAGUCAGGGCAGCGGCAGAGGCGGACGCCGCGCGGGCGGAGGCGGCGGUGCGAGCGAAGCUGCGGGAGCUGCUGUCGGACUGGCGGGGCAUGGCGAGGAAGGUGCAGGAAGCUGAGCCGCUGGCUGGCCAUCUGGUGGACCUGCGACAGCAGGCGCAGCAGCUGGCGGCGGCGCAGGAGCGGUACACGGCGGCGGCUCUGGCGGCUCGGCUGCAGGCGGCCGCGGUGGCGCUGCCGGUGAUGUGUGAGGCGGUGCUGGCCUGCUGUUGUGUAGAAGGAGAGCGCGGAGGUGUACGGGCGACGGGGAUUGCGUUGGGGCGCUCAGGAGCAUUGGAAGGGCAGCAGGCGCAGGAGGAGAAGCAAGAGCGGCAGGGGCAGGGGCAGGAGCAGGAGCAGCGGGAGCCGGAGGCGGCGCUGCAGGCGGCUUUGGUUCUUGGCAGCUGUGAGUGGCCGGGCCGGACAGCGCGGGAGACACUGGCUCGGGCGCUGCUGCAGGCGGACACCGCACAGGCCCCGGCCGGACCGCCCCUCCGCCUGGAGGGCUCCGAGGCGCUGCGCCAGCUGGCCGCCCACUGGGUCGUGCUGGACGCUACACACGAUGCCGCCGCCGGCCUGUGGGAGGGCCUGCGCCGCCUAGCCGCCGACCCCCAGCCCCGCCGGGGCCCAGGCGAGAUGCAGCAGCUGCUGUCGGCGGCGGCCGCAACGGGGUUGUGGCGGCUGGACCAGGCGGCAGAGGCGACGGCAGCGGUCUGGGCGCGGCGGGCGGCGGCGAGGAAAGGGGCGGCGGGGGCGGCUGCAGCAGGAGCCGCAGCGGCGGCGGGGGCGGCUGGAGGUGGCGGGGCGGGGGCGGCUGGAGGUGGUGGGGCGGGGGCGGCUGGGGGAGUGGUGUCGGAAGGAGGAAUAGGAGUGCCGGGGCAGCGGCAGCGGCAGCAGCAGCGGCAGCAGCAGCAGGCGGGCGGCGGCCUACGGCCGCUGGCGGGUCUGGGUCUGGCGCGACUGGCCUUGCAGGUUGCGCCUUGGCGGGAGGAGGAGGAGCGGGAGGAGGAGGAGCGGGAGGAGGCGAAGGCAGGGGAGCCAGGGGCCGGCGGCGCCAACAGCACCAGCACCAGCAGCAGCAGCAGCAGCAGCCGGGGAUUGGAGGUGCGCUUUGUGCCGCUGCUCCUCACGCGGCAGCAGCAGGGGGCCGUGCGGCCAGUUGCAGCAGGGGCGGCGGCGGCGGCGGGCGGCUGUGCGGAGCCGGCGGCGGUGUGUGCUCCGGCUGACUUCGCCGCGUUCCGUAACGCACUCGGAACCCCCGUGCUUGUGGUGGAGCGCCCCGCCGCCGCCAGCGCCGAGGCCUGGGCGGCGGAGCAGGCGUUGUCUGCCUCGUGCCUGCUGCAGCGCCUUGGGGAGGUGGGCUUCUGCGUCGUGAUGCCCGACAUGCGGCGGGGGGCGGGCGGCAACAGCGACGCCAGCGACGGGGGCGGAUCAGCAGGCGGAGCAGGAGCAGGAGACGGUUGUCCGCUGCACCUGGCGUUUAGGGCGAUUGCGCAGGUGCGGACUGUGUGGCAGGCGAGCGGCCGCGAUUUGGUGGUGUGCGUGCUGUCUGACCGAGACGAGCUGGGUGCGGAGCUCGGCGGCAUGCGGCCCGCAAUGACGGCGCUGUUCCACGCCGCGGGGGCCGUUGUCGACGCCUACGGCUUGGGGAGGGAGCCGCAGGAGAUAGCGCAGGCGGCGCCGCAGGAGCCAGCGCAGGCUGCGGCGAAGGCGGCGCCGCGGAGCGGGACAGACCGGCGGGAGCAAGAGCCGCGGGAGCAAGAGCGGCGGGAGCAAGAGCGAAAGCAGGCCGCGGCGCGGCGGCCGGAGUGGGAGGUUGCGUGGGGCAUGGUGCGUCGCGCGGCGGCGUGUCGAGCCGUAUGCGACCGGCUCGGGCUGGAGGGGCCGCAAGACGACUUGUGGACGCUGCGUGUCGCCGAGGAAAUUGCAGAGCAGAUCGAGUGCGUCGGCGAAGCGCACAUGCAGCUCAUGCGCAAUGGUAGCGGCGGCAGUAGCAGCAGCAGCGACGGCAGUAGCGCUCGGGGCGCGGCGCGCACACUCGCGGCGCGUAUGGUGGCGCGGGCGGCGCGGGCGCGGCAGGAGCAGCAGGAGCUGCAGGAGCGGCAGCAGCAGUCGUACAAUGAACUGGUGUCGUUGGUGGAGGACCUGGAUGGGCUGCUGCCGGGGCUGCUUGGGGUGGAGGAUACGACACGGCUGCUAUGCGGCAGUCGGUGGCUGUUGGGAGGGGCGGGAGGAGGAGGAGAGGAAGGAGGGGAAGGGGGAGGGCAGGGGGCGCCGGAGGCUGCGGCAGCGGUGAAGGGGACAGGUAAGGGCGCGAAGGGCAAGGGCGGAAGCGGAGGUGGAGGUGGAGGCGGUGGUAGAGGCGAUGGGGGAAGCAGGGCGGCUGGCGGUGUGGCCGCGCGGAAUGGAGGCCAGGCGGGGGCAGGUGUGGCGGUGGCGGAGGCGGAAUGGCGGCCGCGUUUGACUUUGUUGGUGGUGGAGUGCGACCCAGCCGACCCGCGUGUGUUGCUGCCGCCAUUGCCGCUCAGGCAGGUUGCGGGAUUUGCGCAGAGCUAGGUGUGAUGGCGGCGUGUAAGCUUGGUAGUGUCGGGCUCUUGAAAGGACAGGAUGACGGAAAGGAAGGGCGUGACGGCGAGGAGACCGGCUACUCCGUCAGGCGACUGUUGGACACGGUUGGACACCGGUGGCGAAAUGCAGAGUGAGCCAAGCUAUGGAGCACACAUGAUGUGAGGGUCCGCCGGGGGGCGACAAGAUCUGCUUUGAUCAGCGACCUGUGCUGUCCGGAGCGACAGCAGAUAACAGGGUCGGCCGGGGCCCGGUGCCGGAUGGCGACGAUCAUCAUUCAGAGCACUGAUCGCAAAUUUGCUAGCAUCAUUAGGACAUAUGGCUUGGCUGGUAGGCUUGACUGAUUGAUACCAGGACAGUCCUUCAGUGCAACAAAUUGAUAAC